AUGCCUGAAGGUAGACAAUAUUUUUCGCAAUUGAAAAAGUCGCUGUUAACUAAAUUGAUGCGAAAGCACAAAGAUCUUGUAGAAAGUGAAAAGAAUGAUUAUAAAACCAUACAACAGAAAAAUAACACGUGGGAAGUUUUAUCCGAACAAUUCACUGAUUCCCAGUCAGGUGUGACGAAGAGGGAUUCGAAGCAGUUUAAAAAGUGUUGGGAAAAUGUAAAGGCCGCGCCAAAAGUCAACUGGCGAAAGAGAAGAGAGAGGUGAAGUUACAGUAACUGGUGGCGGUCUUUCAACGUCGAAACAAGACGAUGAAGCUGCUGCUGUUGCUUCUAUCAUUCCGGCCCAAAUUGACAGCUUAAGUAAUAUGUUUGAUGACGAUAAUUUUGAAAUAGGUAAGACAAUGUCAACUCGUUAUGCAUGCAGCUGUUAUACAAUUGCAUAAUCCGAUCAAUUAGUUUGAAAUUUCUGAACAACACUUUGUAAUCUAUAAUACUAGGGGUUACUAUCGCAAGGAAAGUGCUGCUUUGGAUCCACAGGCAAAUACUGAAACCUCAAAUAUAUCUGAAAACUAAAUACAAAAUUAUUUUCAUUUGGCUUAAAAUACAUUUACAUGUACCCAUCAGGGCAACCAAAAGGGGGGGGGGGGGAAUUGGCCGAAUGCCCUGGCUCCACCUUAAUAGGGCCCCAACUUGAGAGCGAAAGCCUAAAAUUGAGUAGGUUCUUUAAAUUGGUCAGAGAAUUUUUGAAAUUUAGGGCCCCUUACAGUACCUCGACAUGCAGUCUAGUUAAGGUCUAGUUGGGUCUAGCUAAUUAGAAAUAAUGAUUUAAUGGGGCCCCCAGGGAAGAUUUGUCCUGAGCCCCGCAAAUUCUCUGGGAGGCCUUGGUACCCAUACAAAGAAACACUGUAUGUACGAUUUAUUUCAUUUCAAAAAUUGAGAUUACAACACUUCAAAAACUGACUGAACAAAACUAUUUCAAGUUUACAAACUAACAUAUUCAACAUACGCAAAUUAAAAGAAGAGAAGAAAGAAGAGACGGAAGAAGAGAAUGAAGAAAAAGACAUGUGGACUAAGUGCACAAAAUACAAACAUACAAGACACACACGGUAGAAGUAAACAGACACAUAGACGGAAAUGACGAUGAACAUAAAAGUACAUGUCUUGAGCACAGACAGGCACGCAAUUUGCAUUUUUUUAAAGAAAUAGGACUGGAAAAUAUGUCAGACUUCUCUUACAUAGAACGUUACAGGGUUUGACAAUACAAUCUGAAAGAAAGAAAAUUGAAAAGUACAUGUAGUUGAACAGAGGAGUUUGAAGGACAGCACUAACAACCUGACUAAGUUAUGUACAACCAUGUUCAACAAAAGAAACAGGAGUCACAACUGUUCAUGUUAAUGUCAAUAUAGGGCCAUUCCAUUUAAUAUCCCCCCCCCCCCUCCCAUGGAUGAGGUCAGUAAAAUUUUAACUCCCACAAAACCCUCAAAAAUGUGUAAAUUUUCCCCAAUACCCCUUAGAAAAAUUGCAGAGAUCAAGGAUGCCGACAGGCUUAACCUCUCAGAAACAACUUCAAAUGUAGUCACCGUUCAGAAAAAUCCAUCCAUGGGGGGUUGGACAUUAAAUAGAAUGGCCCAUAGUGUCUUGCCUCUGACAUAACAGAGGAAUAGAAGUUCCAAAGUCAAUCUCUCUUUAAAUGUCAUUUCUCAACAAUUAUCCAUUUCUGUCUAUAUUUUUUUGAAGUAACAAUCCAUAGAAUAUUUCGAGCUGUCAGGAUGGCACGACUUGUCGGUGUAACUGUAUAAAUCAGCACAUAAAUUCCAAUGACUUUAUGCCUGUGUAUAUGCCUCAAUUGACUCCACCACAAAUAUGGGACAUAACACAUUAACACAUUUUACUACCAAGGUUCCAAUGACCAGAUGUCAUCUGAAGUAACAUAAUUUGGAAUGGAAAUUAAAUAUACACUCUAUAAUCUAUAUAUACUGACAGUUCACUGGAUAUUAUAGAGUUCACUGACACUCGGAUUGAGAAGAUAUUUCAGGAUGAUUGAAUGAAUACGAAUAUGCAAAAUAAAUGCAAAAUAAAUGCAGAUUAAUCUGUGUAUUGUGCAAUCAUGAUCAACUAUUUAGACUCAAUACGUUAACUGGCAAAAAACGAACAUUCACAAAGUAAACAGAGCUUGUAAAUAUAUAUAUAUAAAAUUGGAUUUUACUCAACUUACCUCGAAACAUGUAACUCUCUGACAGCUCUCCGAAAAAGGACUCAAACUCUCAAAGGAGUUCGGGAAGCAUCGAUAAAAAAGAACCGCACCCCCCACUUUUUAUAAUAACUUUGCAUACUUAAAUACCUCCGGUUUGAAAAUCCGGACAUCCAUUUGAAAAUGCAAGUCGAGAUUUGGAACGGCUUUACAUAACUCGGCCAAAGGCACUGGGCACGAGUGAAUGCGAAGAACUUCAUGUUACGUCAAGAAUAGUGUGCUGCUUGCCUGAGGGCAAGCAGCAAUUAUCUCAUUUACUUUAUCGGGUUUUAAAUGUAUAGAAAUCGAUCGAGACGACGAUGAAACGGAUUUAGAGGCGACAACUACAGGUACGGGAACUGCACCAAACGAAAAUGAAUUGCUGCCAUCUGUCGUUGACGCUGCCCUUACACCAUCAUUGACCAAAACAUCACAAAUAUCCGCUGCCGAAGCAUGCACGAUGUUUGGACAUGCAAACCAAGCAGCAUGA